GACUCCAUACGCAGCCUGAUAGCCAUCUCGACGCUGGCAUCAGCCAACCGGCCCAGUGCUGUCGCACAGAUUGCCCAGCGGCGCCUGGACCAGCUCGGCCACCUCAGCGACAAGGUGCAUUUUGUCCAGCAGACGCGCGAGUCGAUUCUCAAGAUGACCUCGAUCAUGGGCACGCCCAAGGGCAUCAAUGCCUUAUCUUCGCUAAUGGGCCAGAUAAACAAAGACUCGGAGGUCGCCGGUGCACUGGCAGAGCAGCCGCCCCUGCGGACGCGCGACUCAUUCGACUAUGACCAGAUCAGGGGCCGCGGCGAGGGGCUGUUCCAGAGCAUCUACGGCCGGCACACGCAGAGGGUUCUAGGAAAUCUGGGUGCAUUGUACCCGGAUCUCGCCGAGGUCAUUCUGGUCGAUUCAUACGGCCAUCUGCUGGCCGAGACCCGCUAUCUGAACGGCAUGGAGACGGAGCUGUGUGCAAUUGGCUCCCUGGUCCCGCAGGAUGUCCCCUCGCAGCUCAAGAGCCAUUGCAUCGGCGCAGGCCGGCUGGGCGCAACUGAGGAAAUGGUCCAAGCAGCCAUCCGCCUGGCGAAGCUAGCCUGUUUCAAGCGCAUUUAA